AUGUCGGCCACGUCUGAUCAGCCCCCUUUGAGCAGGGAGGUAAGCCUGGACGUGGAGGGAAAUGGAAAUUACAUCGCCGCUCGUGACGAGAAACAAGAACCGACAGAAGACAGAAGCGACAUAGUUGACUGGGAUGGGCCAGACGACCCUGAGAACCCAUUGAACUGGUCAGCCAAGAAGAAGUGGACGAAUGGGGGUCUUCUCGCUGCAAUGACAUUCAUCACACCUCUAGCUUCUUCCAUGUUUGCACCGGGUGUGGAGGACGUCAUGAUCGAGUUUCACUCGACAAGUACAAUCAUUGGAUCCUUCGUUGUCUCUGUAUACGUCCUCGGAUAUGCUGUUGGUCCACUUAUAGUUGCACCCAUGUCAGAAGUAUACGGCCGGGUUCCAGUGUACCAUGUAUCGAAUCUUCUUUUCGUCAUCUUCACGAUCGCCUGCGCUGUUUGCUCAAGUAUGCCGCAGUUAAUUGUUUUUCGCUUUUUCAGCGGCGUCGCAGGCUCCACGCCCAUCACUAUUGGAGGUGGCACCUUUGGAGAUAUGUUCAAAGUAGAAGAGCGAGGCGCAGCGAUUGCUAUUUGGUCCAUGGGACCUCUUCUCGGCCCGGUCAUUGGACCUGUUGCUGGUGGCUUUCUCGCGGAGAGCGCAGGAUGGAGAUGGGUGUUUCGGCUUAUUGCAAUUGCCGCAGGCUGCUUGGCUGUUGUUAUGUUUCUCUUUCUCCGAGAAACGUAUCCAAUUGCCCUCCUUUCUCAAAAAGCAAAAAGAAUACGCAAAGAGACCAACAAUCCUCACUUGAAGUCGGCUCUGCAGCUUGAUCAGACGCCUGCAGAACUGUUCAAAAGAGCCAUCUUCCGACCCUUUAAGAUGCUAUUCGGCUCUCCGAUUGUCAUCUGUCUAUCGACCUACGUUGCCUUUAUUUACGGUAUCUUGUAUCUUCUGUUCACUACAAUUACAAGUGUCUUCACCGACAUAUACGGCUUCUCACAGGGUGUAUCAGGAUUAGCCUAUUUGGGCAUUGGAGUUGGCAUGAUGAUAGGUCUUAUCGCGGUCGGCGCAUCGUCAGAUGCUAUUUUGAAGAAACUGACCGCGGCCAAUAACGGUGUCAUCAAGCCGGAAUAUCGACUUCCACCCAUGAUAGUCGCGAUGAUGAUUGUUCCUUCGGGUCUUUUCUUGUAUGGGUGGACGACUUACUACAAAGUACAAUGGAUGGCUCCUAUUGUGGGAACAGGUUUAGUUGGUGUUGGAUUGAUUGGAGGUUUUAUCCCUGUAUCAACCUACCUGAUCGAUGCUUUCGGAAUCCACUCAGCCUCAGCGUUGGCUGCGAACACUGUUCUCCGGUCGCUCAUGGGGAGCUUAUUACCUUUGGCAGGAACUCCAAUGUACGAUGCUCUUGGUCUUGGAUGGGGAAAUACUCUUCUGGGGUUUCUUGCUGUUGCGAUGAUUCCGAUUCCGAUCCUCUUCUGGAAAUACGGAGAGAGAAUCCGGACGAGUAAUAGAUUCAACGUGAAGAUGUAA